AUGCAAGUGCACUGCGUGAGUGGGGAAAUGACACUUAGAAGAUUUGCAUCGCAGCUUCGCUGGCUAACGCUGCUCUACGCGGCAACAAUCUUGUUCCUUCUACGCGAGACUGUGGGUGAAGACUGGGAAGAAAGGCUCGGGGCUGCUGCCUAUCCGGCAGUAGAGUAUGUGGCAGAAAAGCCGAGUAAGACUUAUGACAUUCCACUGGAGCUGAACGAAGAGCCAUUUAUUCUGGUUGAGUGGUCCACCGAGGCUAGCCGUCUCAGUCGUGGGUUCCAGUUCAUUUUGCCUCCAGGGAUUCUCCUGGUCAUGUCUAUAGCGGCUGCCGCGUUGCUUGUUGUAUGGAAUGCAAGGGAGGACUCACCGUUUGUGUCGAAGAAGAAAGCAGGCGGCCGAGAAGCCGCAGCUCAAGUUCACGUCGAAUCAGAGGACUUAUAUGAUAUUCAUGAGACGCAAUACAGUACUACUGUGGACAGCAGUUCGGUCCUGCAGUCCGUUUUGAAGAAGCUUUCGGCAGACCUUACCAGCGCCAUAACAGAAGCACUUGAGAAGAAGAAUGCUGCCGUAAGGCUGCUUAAUGACCCGAGUAUUUCAGACCAGGAAGAGAUGGCUAAAAUAAUUACAUCCCUUUUGGAGGUGACCGACAAGUUGGCGGCCUCUGUAAAAGGUAUAAACCAUGCCCUAGACGCUUUGCAGCGUCCGCUGUCCGACAGCCAGGCGACUUCCCGAUUGAACAGCGCACUGGAGGAGAUGCAGAUGGGCAUCCAGAAACUCCUCCCUGAUUCAAGGUUUAAAAGGGAAAUUGAGGGAGUCCGUACAUACCUCACAAAGGGCGAAGGACCUACAUCUGAACCUGCACACCAGCUGCCUGACAAGCAGUCUGCAGCACCAGAGAGCGGGGCUCCUGUAGUGGGGAGUUCAGAGACAGGAGAGCCAGGACGAAAAGUACCACAAGAAGUUAUGACGAAAUUAUAUGAAUGGCUUGAAGCUGUGCAUAGCGGACAGCAUGUGCUAGUGGAAGCCGAGCCAGUUUUAUCCAAGGCAGUCAGUGAUAUGCGGGCGACGUAUGAUUUGUUCUAG